GCUGUAAUGGUGGAAUGGGAGAAAAUCCUAGAACCUGGGUGGGAGCCAGAAUCUUGCAGAGAAGCCCCUUACUCCAUCUGUACCGAAAGCAGGUAGAGAGGAUGUCGUAAGAUUCCUAAGGACGCAGGUGGAGCGCCUCCUCUGUGCUGCGAUGAGGUAGGCGCAUUCGUCAGUUCACUUCUUCCUCUCCACUUGAUCCGGAAAGGAAGGACGGAAUGCGUCCCGCGCGGCGAGCUGGGAUAGCUGCGCAGGCGCAGCUUCCGGCUCUGUGUCUCGGGAAUUAUUUGACGCCACCGGUUCAGCCCCGCAGAAAGCGCUGAUUAGGCACACCGCGCACGCGCAGUGGCCCACUUGGCAGGGGAGUUAUUUGACGCCGCCGCCCCUGGCAGUCGGAAGUUGCCUGAGCAGAGCCCAGCCGGCUGGCCCGACUGGCCUUCGUCGUCCCUUGACGCCCUGGGAGAGUCGCUGACGGGUGGACUGACGGACCGUCUGAGGACGGCCGGCCAGGGCGGUGAAAGCGCCGGCCCUAUGGCACGGGUCGCGUGAGGCGGAAGGCCGAGUACGGCCGGCGGCGGCGCCCGCCCCGGCGAUGCGGGCCCCGCCCGUCGCCUCAGGUGCCAUUUGGAUUGUACUUUAGUGGCACGAUGUACUCUGAGUGGAGGUCACUGCAUUUGGUGAUUCAGAAUGAUCAAGGCCAUACCAGUGUGCUGCACAGCUAUCCAGAGAGUGUUGGACGAGAGGUGGCAAAUGCUGUAGUCCGUCCUCUUGGGCAGGUGUUAGGUACCCCUUCAGUGGCUGGUAGUGAGAGUUUGUUAAAAACUGACAAAGAAGUAAAAUGGACCAUGGAAGUAAUUUGCUAUGGACUGACCCUUCCAUUGGAUGGAGAGACUGUAAAAUAUUGCGUUGAUGUAUAUACAGACUGGAUUAUGGCUUUAGUGUUGCCGAAAGAUUCUAUUCCAUUGCCAGUUAUUAAAGAGCCUAAUCAAUAUGUUCAAAGUAUACUAAAACACCUACAAAAUCUUUUUGUACCAAGACAGGAACAGGGUUCCAGUCAGAUUCGACUAUGCUUACAGGUCCUGAGAGCCAUUCAGAAACUGGCCCGUGAGUCAUCUCUCAUGGCCCGAGAAACCUGGGAAGUCUUACUGUUGUUUCUUCUGCAGAUUAAUGACAUACUUCUGGCCCCACCAACUGUUCAAGGUGGCAUUGCUGAGAAUCUAGCAGAGAAGUUGAUUGGUGUUCUCUUUGAGGUGUGGUUACUAGCUUGUACUCGGUGCUUCCCAACACCUCCUUAUUGGAAAACAGCCAAGGAGAUGGUGGCUAACUGGAGGCAUCACCCAGCAGUGGUGGAGCAGUGGAGCAAGGUCAUUUGUGCGCUCACUUCCAGAUUGCUGCGCUUUACAUAUGGGCCUUCAUUUCCUCCAUUUAAAGUUCCCGAUGAAGAUGCCAGUCUGAUCCCUCCAGAAAUGGAUAAUGAGUGUGUUGCACAGACGUGGUUUCGCUUUUUACACAUGCUAAGUAAUCCUGUGGAUUUGAGUAACCCAGCUAUUAUAAGCUCUACUCCCAAAUUUCAGGAACAGUUCUUGAAUGUGAGCGGAAUGCCGCAAGAAUUGAAUCAGUAUCCCUGCCUUAAACAUCUGCCUCAAAUAUUUUUUCGUGCCAUGCGUGGAAUCAGCUGUCUGGUGGAUGCAUUCUUAGGUAUUUCUAGACCCCGAUCAGACAGUGCUCCCCCAACACCCGUGAAUAGAUUAAGUAUGCCUCAAAGUGCUGCUGUCAAUACCACCCCACCACAUAACCGGAGGCACCGGGCUGUUACUGUGAAUAAGGCCACCAUGAAGACAAGCACAGUUAGUACUGCUCAUGCCUCUAAAGUUCAGCACCAGACGUCUUCCACCUCUCCUCUGUCAAGUCCAAAUCAGACUAGUUCAGAACCCCGGCCACUGCCUGCCCCUCGGAGACCAAAGGUUAACAGCAUCUUGAAUCUCUUUGGAUCGUGGUUAUUUGAUGCAGCAUUUGUUCACUGUAAACUUCAUAAUGGGAUAAACAGAGACAGCAGCAUGACUGCAUCUUUUAUCCAAAUUCUUCUUUCUUAUAAAUCUUCCAUUACAACACAAGCUAGCAUGGAGUUUCGACGGAAAGGGUCACAAAUGUCCACAGACACCAUGGUUUCCAAUCCUAUGUUUGAUGCAAGUGAAUUUCCUGAUAACUAUGAAGCAGGAAGAGCUGAGGCUUGUGGGACACUGUGUAGGAUUUUUUGUAGCAAGAAGACUGGAGAAGAGAUUCUGCCAGCUUAUUUAUCCAGAUUUUACAUGCUUUUAAUUCAAGGUUUGCAGAUAAAUGAUUAUGUGUGCCAUCCUGUCUUGGCCAGCGUUAUUCUAAACUCUCCUCCUUUGUUCUGCUGUGACUUGAAAGGGAUUGAUGUUGUGGUUCCUUACUUUAUUUCAGCUCUUGAAACCAUUUUGCCUGACAGAGAGCUCUCAAAAUUCAAAAGCUAUGUAAAUCCAACAGAAUUGCGAAGAUCCUCCAUUAAUAUCCUACUUUCUUUGUUGCCCCUCCCUCAUCAUUUUGGCACAGUCAAAUCUGAGGUGGUCCUGGAAGGAAAGUUUAGUAAUGAUGACAGCUCGACUUAUGAUAAACCAAUAACUUUUCUGUCCCUGAAGUUGAGACUUGUGAAUAUAUUAAUAGGUGCCUUGCAAACAGAAACGGACCCCAACAAUACCCAAAUGAUAUUAGGGGCAAUGUUAAAUAUUGUUCAAGAUUCAGCACUUCUGGAAGCCAUUGGUUGCCAGAUGGAGAUGGGUGGUGGAGAAAAUAACCUGAAGAGUCAUAGUCGCACCAAUAGUGGUAUUAGUUCAACAAGUGGUGGAAGCACGGAGCCCACGACUCCCGAUAGUGAGAGACCUGCUCAAGCUCUCUUAAGAGAUUAUGGAUCGACAGCUCUUAAUACAGAUUCAGCUGCUGGGCUCCUGAUUCGCAGCAUUCAUCUCGUCACCCAAAGACUCAACUCCCAGUGGCGCCAAGACAUGAGCAUAUCACUGGCAGCUUUAGAGCUCCUCUCUGGCCUUGCAAAGGUAAAGGUGAUGGUUGACUCAGGAGACCGGAAGCGAGCCAUCAGUUCUGUGUGCAGCUACAUUGUGUAUCAGUGUAGUCGGCCAGCUCCUUUUCACUCUAGGGAUCUGCACUCCAUGAUAGUGGCAGCUUUUCAGUGUCUCUGUGUCUGGCUGACAGAGCACCCUGAUAUGCUUGAUGAAAAGGACUGCCUUAAGGAAGUACUGGAGAUUGUGGAACUGGGUAUCUCAGGAAGUAAGUCCAGGAACAGCGAGCAAGAGGUCAAGUACAAAGGAGAUAAGGAGCCAAACCCUGCAUCUAUGAGGGUAAAGGAUGCUGCUGAAGCCACCCUAACAUGCAUUAUGCAGUUGCUCGGCGCAUUUCCUUCACCUAGUGGUCCUGCCUCUCCUUGUAGUCUUGUGAAUGAGACCACUUUGAUUAAAUACUCCAGGCUGCCAACCAUAAACAAGCAUAGUUUCCGGUACUUUGUCUUGGAUAACAGUGUCAUCCUGGCAAUGCUGGAACAACCUCUUGGAAAUGAGCAGAAUGAUUUUUUCCCCUCUGUCACUGUGCUGGUCCGGGGGAUGUCUGGAAGACUUGCUUGGGCACAACAGCUUUGUCUUUUACCCAGAGGAGCAAAAGCAAAUCAGAAGCUUUUUGUGCCUGAACCUCGCCCAGUUCCUAAAAAUGAUGUUGGAUUUAAAUAUUCUGUGAAACAUCGGCCAUUUCCUGAAGAGGUGGACAAGAUUCCUUUUGUGAAGGCAGAUCUCAGCAUUCCAGAUUUGCAUGAAAUAGUCACUGAAGAAUUAGAAGAGAGACAUGAAAAAUUAAGGAGUGGCAUGGCCCAGCAGAUUGCUUAUGAAAUACACCUUGAGCAACAGAGUGAGGAGGAAUUGCAGAAGAGAAGCUUUCCUGACCCAGUUACGGAUUGCAAGCCCCCGCCUCCUGCCCAGGAAUUCCAAACAGCCCGCCUUUUCCUCUCACACUUUGGAUUUUUGUCCUUAGAAGCAUUGAAGGAACCUGCAAAUAGUCGUCUACCUCCUCACCUUAUUGCACUUGAUUCCACGAUACCUGGAUUUUUUGAUGACAUAGGGUAUCUGGAUCUCUUGCCAUGUCGUCCUUUUGACACAGUUUUUAUUUUCUAUAUGAAGCCAGGUCAGAAAACGAACCAAGAGAUUUUGAAGAAUGUGGAGUCUUCCAGAACUGUUCAGCCACAUUUCCUAGAAUUUUUGCUUUCCCUUGGCUGGUCAGUAGAUGUGGGCAGACACCCUGGUUGGACUGGGCAUGUUUCUACCAGUUGGUCUAUUAAUUGUUGUGAUGAUGGUGAAGGAUCUCAACAAGAAGAAGUGAUUUCCUCUGAAGAUAUUGGAGCUAGCAUUUUCAAUGGACAGAAGAAGGUGCUGUAUUAUGCUGAUGCCCUUACGGAAAUUGCUUUUGUGGUUCCUUCUCCUGUGGAGUCCUUAACUGAUUCAUUGGAAAGUAACAUCUCGGACCAAGAUAGUGAUUCAAAUAUGGAUCUUAUGCCAGGAAUUCUGAAACAGCCAUCCCUGACACUUGAGCUUUUCCCCAAUCAUACAGACAAUCUUAAUUCCUCACAGAGGCUCAGUCCCAGUUCCAGAAUGAGGAAGCUGCCUCAGGGUCGCCCUGUUCCUCCCCUUGGACCUGAGACAAGAGUUUCUGUAGUCUGGGUGGAACGCUAUGAUGAUAUAGAAAACUUUCCCCUCUCAGAGCUGAUGACAGAGAUCAGUACUGGUGUGGAAACUACUGCAAAUAGUAGCACUUCACUGAGAUCUACGACUCUUGAAAAAGAAGUUCCUGUCAUCUUCAUCCACCCUUUAAACACUGGAUUAUUCCGGAUAAAAAUUCAAGGAGCCACUGGAAAAUUUAAUAUGGUCAUCCCUCUUGUGGAUGGGAUGAUUGUCAGCAGGCGAGCUCUUGGCUUUCUGGUGAGGCAGACUGUAAUUAAUAUUUGUAGAAGGAAGAGACUGGAGAGUGACUCCUACAGUCCACCCCAUGUCCGCCGGAAACAGAAAAUCACCGACAUUGUCAACAAGUACCGGAACAAACAGUUGGAGCCAGAGUUUUAUACUUCACUUUUCCAGGAGGUUGGACUCAAGAACUGCAGUUCUUAGACCCCUGAAUUUCUAAGACUGUUGAACUCCAGUUCGGGAACUGUAACACAGCAGAACAGUUUGAUAGGUGAUCACUGUAAAAAUAAAAACAAAUCACUCCCAAGAGCUUACUGUUUAAUCACCAGAAUAGAAGAAACACAUUAUAACCCAUUUGAUAGAAGACUUCGGGCUGUCUAGUGCAAUGGGCUCCCAGACACAAUCAUAUUCCUGCUGAUCAUGAUGAUAUACAUUUUAGCCAUAAACUUUCUUUUAAAGGUGACAAUUUUAGUUAAACAUAAGCCUUUUGAGGAGAAAGGCUUUUAUGCAUCUCAGUUAAACACAUGCAUUGGUAGUAUCAACAAAUUUGCAAUAUAGAAGUUGAAGAUAGUUUUAUACCUCACUUUUUAGGAGGUUGUAUUCAAAAUUAAAAUCUUUCUCAGAAUCUUCCAGGACAUUUAAAGACUCAUGUUGAUAGCAUGGAGGAGAAGGAAAGAAGUCACAGCCUUCUACUCACUUGUAGGUCUUCUUGUCAUCCAGCUGUCACACUGACAAAAAGAAAAGAUGAUACAUGUUUUUUGCUCAGAUAAGAAGCCUGACAUUAAAAUAUGUCAUAUUUUUUUCUCCACAUUUCAAAAAGUUGUCCUUCUCAUCACUGCACAGAUCUGUCUGAAAGCCUCAGUUUCUGGGCCACCCAGGAACAGAUCAGAAAUGGAGCAUGGCCUUGUCCUUUAAUGGGGAUACAAAUAAAGUUUGUGGGGUUAAAAGUUUUAAGAUAGCAGUGAUACCCCCACUCUCUCCAUUGUUGUCCAGCGGUGUGACAUAAUGACAGGUUAAACAUUUGUGAUUCAUUCAUUAAAUAUCAUUUAAAGAAAUGUAAAUUCACAAUAAGGGUUGAAAAUUAUUUGGUUUCAUCCAUUGUCUCUUAUUUCAGGACCAAGCAGCAAACUGCAGUAGUUUAUGAAGGAUUCUAAAAUGGGGUUCAGGAAUAGCCUCUCAGCGCUACUAAUUCAGAUCUCCCAGAGAACUACUGGAUUUCCUCAUAAUUGACAAAACAUGAGUGACCAUCUCUUUGGGUGGCUACUGUUAGAAAUGGCUGUUGUUGUCAUGUUUUCUGGACUUUGCCAGCCAACAGAUCCCUGGCAGGUUUUGGAAAUACUUCUGUUACCUCGCUGCUACUUUUCUGCAGGGAUAAAACUUUUGAGGUGGCCAGACCCAGAACAUCCUUACAAGGAUUCCUGUUACAGUGCUACAGUAUACACUGCUCAUUUAUCCUAUUCUCAUGUGCUUUCUUCUUUAGUAAGAUUAUUUUAUGUUAAGAAAAUAGGUGAUAUUUAAAGUCCAAAGAGAAAUGAUCACAGUUGUGUAAGGGGUGUUUUCCCCCUUGAACUCUGAUGUCAGUAGACUGUGGGUCAGAGCUGCGACGAUCUGUUUGGUUUGAUGUUUUGGUGGGUUACUUAGGGGGCGGGGAUAGUGUGGGACCUAAUUCCCUGUGCAAAAGUCUCUUAUUCCAGAAGUAUGCAUUUUGCCAUCUAUAAGCAAGAAAUAUGGGCAUAGCAGCUCUUGGUUUAAAGUUUGCCAUAACCUGUUCUUCAUGUUUGUUUUAAGCUCAGGUAAAGAUAACCUCCUCUUUCUAUGACUCCAGUUUCCAUUCAGGUUAUAGUAUUAUUAUUCAAUAGUUGAUUUUCUUUUUAAGCUGGGCAAUAAAUUGAUGUUUCCAGAUGGUAGCAUGGGAGAGGGCAUUCGGGAUAAAGAUGAGCCAUUCUACCCUAAAAAAUGUUCUAGUGGUUCACAGGAACAAGAUGAGGUUUAAUAACUUUCAAGGUAAUUCUAGAUUGACAUUUUGAGGGGAAAAUGGGCUCUUGUUCUAGUUGAAGUGAGCAGAGAAGGCUAUAAAUUAACAUGUAACUUACAACAUUGCAGAGGUUAAAAGUAACUGAUGUAGAUGUACUUCUUCAAUAUGAUUCUUCAGAUCAGACUUUUACCUUUGGCAUAGUUAAUUUCAGAAAAAUAUGCUGUGUGUGUGUAUGAGGGUUGGACUUGCUGAUCCUUCAGUUAGGUCUAAUUUCUGGCAACUCUUUGUAAUUCCAAUGUAUUUGAUACGUAAACAAUGAUGUUGAAUGCAUUUGUGAUCUGGGAGACUCCCUGGUCUUCCAGGGAAGGAGGGAUGUGCAGCCCCUGAAGGCAUGAAACUCCCAGUGUGUACGGAGCCAGUGGACUAUGGGAUACCCGUACCGUACCUUACCAGGCGCUGGUUCCUUCUGCUCAAAAUAACAUCUGCCCAAAGAGGGAGUGCUAAGAAUCCUUAACUCGUCAGUGGGACUCGGCUGGCUCCUGGAGGGGGCCUGUGACUUCAGGUAUAUCAACACCGAUGCCGGGGGUAAUUUUUGUCCCAUCUCUAUGGAUCUGAGUUCAUGGUCACUGUGUUCACCCACCUGCCUGUGUUAAAAAUCACUGAGUAGAAUAGCACCAGAGGAACAUAUUUAGCACCUAAUAUUAAUAUUUUGUAGUCCAUUUGAUAAAUUUGCCAGCAUACGUUCUAGCCUCUGGGGGAAAGCCAGGACCACUUUUGUCUGUGGCUUAAACAGUUCAGUUGCUGUAUCUGUUGGAUGUGCCAGGGGGUGGGUGAGUGUGGCAUUCUGUGAAGAGGAAGGUGGUAAGUAAGGUUGCCCUUCUGCCUUCUUAAGUUGCAGGAGGGAGCUUUUCUGCUCCUCUCUGGUUGGGAGCACUGAGGACAGUGAGGAGGGCUUUUACCUUGUUAAUCAUUUCCUUAUUUAGCUAGCUUUCCUUUUUGUCUCGGGCUUCCUCCUGAGACCCUCUUCCAUCCAUUGGGCUUUUGAAAGAACUAAUGACACACACACACACACACACAUAUACACACAUACGCAUACUCAUGCACAUUUUCCUUCAUUUCCAUAUCCUUUAUUUCAGGGCAGCCCAUUUUCCUCUGGAUUCAUUGAUAAAUACAAAUACCCACACCUUUGACCAGUAUUGUUGGUCACCUGCAGGUUCUGUGUAUGAGGCCUUCAUGAAUAGUUACUUUCUCCAUACACUAGGGAAGCAUUUGUCAGAGUCUUCAGACUGGGUUCUAGAGAGGCAGAGUCAUUUCUUCUGGAAGGUGGAGCUUUACCCAAAGUGAAAGUUAGCCUUACUCAAAGAUGUGUUUUGUGGUAGUUGGUAAAAAAGAAAGAAAGAAACACGUAUUGGAGGUAAUUUGACACUCUUUCUGGCAGUAGUUCUCUAUUCACCAUUUUAAAGCCCAUUCAGGUUCUGUCUUCCUGAAAAGAACUGAUUGCUGUGUUUACAUGAAAUGACGAUUGAUUGGAGUCAGAUGGUCUGUUUUAAAGAUUUCCAUGACAGCCUCUUUUCCUGAGUUGGAGAGAUUGGAGGUGGUCCAUCUGUACGAAGUGGAAUCAAACGAUGGGUUUCUUAAUAGCUGAAGAAGCCAUGUACUUACAGUGUUUUUCUCAGAAUAUCAACUCAUGUUCUUUUUUAAUGAUGAGGGAAAAGGUGUAAUUUAGGAUUCCACAGUGCCUUGCAUAUAGUAGGCGCCCAAUAAAUACUUGUUGAAGCAAACCAAGUUUCCCAAGUCCUCAUCUCUUACAGUGACCAAGACAUCUUUCUCCUCUGAAGGGAUUGGCAGUUGUGGCUAAAAAAUAAGCAGUAUCAUUAUUUGCUUGAAAUCAUAUAUACAGUUUGUAUGAAUUUCAGUGUGUUGCCAAGACAUGCUCUUUUUCUUAUUGUAUUUUCUGUAAAUAUUUCUGGCACUGAACUGUAAAGUAAAGGCAAAGUGUAAAUAUGAAGGUGUACCCGUGCCCCUUGCCUCCUGUGUUUCAUCUUCGUCGGUUAGGGAAGAAGGUCCAGAGGUUUGUUUGUAUUUAUGCCGAUCCUUUGUCCAGAAGCCCAUGGAAUAUUGAAUGUAAUACAUUUAGUCAAUUAAAUUUUAAGGAGAUUCUUAUCUAA